CACAAACGUCUUUCCAUUUGGUGAGGUAGGAGUGUCGCGAGGAGGGCCAUGCAGUUCAGUCCUGAAAAGAAAGCACUGGCGCAGGGAAUUAUCACGGGAUUUUCAUUAACUAAACGAAGAUUCUAUGGACGUGAAACAUGAUCGGGCGUGACGGGCCGGACUUCAGUUUCCAGGCCUCCCCUCGACACCAUGAAACCCGCGGUGGCGUUCCUCCUCAUACUGGCGCUCGGCAUGCUCGGCCUCCUCUUCUUCAUGCAAGCCGUCGUCGAGGAAGACUAUGACGUAUUUAACCCCAGGGCGACGCUGGAGCACAGCCUGAGGCAGAUAAAUCCUUCACCAGUCACCCAGAACAAGUCAAAUGGCUCAAAAAACCCAGCUUUCGUUCCCCGGGAAAGGACUCCAGGCCACACUGACGAUGCCAUUUCAACAAAACCGCAGACCUCUCCAUCGAAGCCGGCCGACGGCCCGAACCCUAAAACGACCUCGGCGACGUUAAGCCGCGACUUCCUUCGAGGCGUCCGACGGACGGGCGUGCGCGAGGAGCAGGAGAGACGGAAAUCCUUCCUCCGAAACUUCUGCGAAAAGUUCGAAAGGAACAGCCCCCCUCGGUUGGACCUCUCGGAGAUGGUGUCCCGGAUAUACGUGGAGGAGAAGCACAGAGUCCUUUACUGCGAGGUGCCGAAAGCUGGCUGCUCCAACUGGAAGAGGACUCUGAUGGUCCUGAACGGCCUCGCGGCCGCCGCGGACGGACUCUCCCACGACGCGGUGCAUUAUGGGAAGCACUUGAAAAAACUGGACAGCUUCAGCAGGGCGGGCAUCCAGGAGCGACUGGCCAGCUUCACCAAAGUGGUGGCGGUCCGGGACCCCGUCGAAAGGCUGGUGUCGGCUUUCCGGGACAAGUUCGAGCAGCCCAACCCCUACUACCACCCCGUGUACGGGCGCGCCAUAAUCCGCAAGUACAGGAGAAACGCCACCCAGGAGGCCCUGCUGUCGGGGUCGGGGGUCACGUUCCGAGAGUUCGUCCAGUACCUGCUGGAUCCGGAUCGACCGGGGGGGAUGGACAUCCACUGGGAGACGGUCAACAGGCUCUGCUUCCCCUGUUUCAUCACCUACGACUUCAUCGGCAAAUUUGAGACCCUGGAACAAGACGCCAAUUACUUCCUCAGCCUGGUCGGUGCCCCUGGAGACCUGAGGUUCCCUUCCUUCAAAGACAGGCAUUCAACCGAAGAAAGAACUACUCCCUCAGUCGUCAGCCACUACAUUAAUCAAGUGCCCCCGGCAGAGAGACGGAGGAUAUAUGACUUCUUUUACUUGGAUUAUUUAAUGUUUAACUAUACAAGGCCGUACGGCAAUGUGAACGUUUCACAGUGAAAGCUGAAACCAAACUGAGUGAGUUGUUUUGUGUACAAGAAUAGCCAUCACUGUUAUGACAGGGACAAUUGAUUUACCAAAGGUUUAUGUUCUUUGGAAGUUUCUUUUUCUUUUUAUUAUAAGAAUAUAAAGUUUUUUGGAGUCUUGUGCUCUUGUUACUUGAAUACAUAGGACUACACACCCAUUUAUUAUUUCUUAUGAUAAAAACAAACUAUUUGAAAAUGGGCGCUUAAUUUACACUGGACAGCACAGAUACACUGUUUAUGUGAACUGAGGAUAACAUUCAGUGGCAUUUGACACUUCAUACACCAAUAUCAUCUUGGGUGUCUUCCUUCUGUCAUUAAAAAAAAUUGGAUUCCUA